AUGCCGCCAAAGAAGGCCGUCAAGGAGGAGAAGAUUAUGCUCGGGAGGCCCGGGAACAACUUGAAGAGUGGAAUUGUCGGACUCGCCAACGUCGGAAAGUCAACUCUUUUCCAGGCCAUCACAAAAUGCUCUCUCGGCAACCCGGCUAACUUCCCCUUCGCGACCAUCGACCCCGAAGAGGCACGCGUCGUUGUUCCCGACGAACGCUACGACUGGCUCUGCGACCACUACAAGCCCCGCUCACAAGUACCCGCCAACCUCACGGUCUACGACAUUGCCGGUCUGACCCGCGGCGCCUCGACCGGCGCCGGUCUCGGAAACGCGUUCCUGUCGCACAUCCGUGCCGUCGACGCCAUCUUCCAGGUGGUGCGCUGCUUCGACGACGCCGAGAUCAUCCACGUCGAGGGCGAUGUCGACCCCGUGCGUGAUCUCCAGAUCAUCAACGACGAGCUGCGGAUCAAGGAUAUCGAGUUUGUGGAGAAGAACUUGGAGGCCCUGAAGAAGCAGACGGGCCGCGGCGGCCAGAGUCUCGAGAUGAAGAAGCUCAAGGAGGAGCAGGCUAUCGUGGAGAGCGUGCUGAGCUGGUUGGUGGAUGAGAAGAAGGAUGUGAGGAAGAAGAGCUGGGGGAACAAGGAGGUCGAAAUAAUCAACCAACUCCAACUCCUCACCGCCAAACCCGUCAUCUUCCUCAUCAACCUCUCCGAAAAGGACUACAUCCGCCAAAAGAACAAGAACCUGCCCAAGAUCAAGGCCUGGAUCGACGAGCACUGCACCGGCGACGUCAUCAUCCCGCUCUCGGUCUCGUUCGAGGAGCGCCUCACGCGCAUGACCGACGACGAGGCCGCAGAGGAGUGCAAGCGCCUCGGCGUCAAGUCUGCCAUUGGCAAGAUCGUCGUCACCAUGAGGGCCGCCCUGCGGCUGGCAUCCUUCUUCACGACGGGACCCGACGAGGUCAGGCAGUGGAGUAUCAGGAAGGGGACGAAGGCGCCGCAGGCGGCGGGGGUUAUUCAUACUGACUUCGAGAAGACGUUCAUCCAGGCGGUCAUCUUCAAGUACGAUGACCUGAAGGAGCUCGGCGACGAGGCGGCCGUAAAGGCUGCUGGAAAGCUCCAGACGAAGGGGAAGGAGUACGUCAUGGAGGACGGCGACAUCGUGCUCUUCAAGGCUGGUGCUGCGAAGUCUUGA